AUGCAUCCGAUAGAGAAAGAUCAAAAUUUGAUACCGAUGGCACUUCUCAGCUCCGCUGAACCUUCACUUGAAGAUUAUGCCAAGCUCAGUUCUGAGAUAUCUGCUAUCGACAUAUCUACGCAGCAGAUUUCAAACCACGAAAAGAAGUCUAUAGUCGAUGUUUUACCUGCCGAACUCAUUGCAAAUGUCAUGGGGCAUCUUGGUCCAACAUUUGGCGUAGUAUUUGGCCUUACUUGUCAUAAAGUAUAUGAUGAGUGCAAGCGUCAGUACCCACACUCAGAUGCCCUACUUUUGGAAAACCGUCUAUGGGAUAAAGACUCAAAAGAAGACAUUCAGCACCCACUCUUCCGACCAUCCGCCCGACUUCAUGAACUACUUGGUGACUGGAUGGGAAGUGGCGAUAUCCCAAAAUACUUCUACUUUCGAGAUCUAGCUCUCGGAUCAUCUGACCUCUUGAUGUACUGCGCCAUACCAGGAUACUAUGUUGGCAAGUUUCUGCUCUGUGAUAUUUAUGGCGAAGAAGCCGAUCCUUCAGGUCAUGCUCUAAGACAGUUGCUUCUGGCAUGGUGCGCCUACGUUCACAUUCAGAGAGGAUGGCUACAAUUCCGUGGAGAUGAUGAGCCUCCAAACUAUCCUUCUCCACUUAAUAUGGGUGGAAAAGCAUGGAUUGCUGAGAUGGGUAGAAUUGUGAAUGUGUACAAGAUUAGAGAACCAGAACAUAUAUUCAUAUACAUCGUCAGAGUAGCUAUCAAUGUAGCCAAUAAGGAGUAUGGACAGGUUUCAUCAGUUAUUGAAGCGAGAAGAAAGCAGUUGCGGCAACAGCAGAAAAGACUACGAGCAGAUUAA